AUGACGAAACUAUUCGACGAAACCCGGAACGAUACCGGCGGUGCCGGUGAGGACGGCGAUAUGGCCUGGACGAAGUUGCUUACCGAUCAGAGCACUCCCAGUCCGGAAAUUAUGAAAGCCACCGUUGUCGCGGUGGACGGUGCCAGCAAACAGCCGAAGGAUGUGAUCGUAAGCAUUGAUCCGGAAACCGGCAAGGAAAUCGUUACGCAACCAGCCGAAGGGGCAACGGGCCGCCGCCGGGAGUCCAUCAUCGGUACAUUCCAUCGGCAGCUGCGAAUGUCGCUGAAGGCGGUUAGCGAAGCGCCGGGACCGUUGACAAGGUAG